AUGCUUAAAACUUAUUUUUGGCCGCAUUUGCUACUCAAUCAUGCUCUGCAGAUUUGUACUGAGAAAAAGGUAGAAGCAAAAAGUUCACUCCUUGAGGGAGAUCCAAAGGAAGUGAUUUGUGAAGCUGCAGAGCUCAUGCAAAUGGAUCUUCUUGUUGUAGGUAGCCGUGGACUUGGAAUGAUCAAGAGGGCUUUCUUGGGAAGUGUUAGUGACCAUGUUGCUCAUCAUGCAAAAUGCGCCGUUCUCAUUGUAAAGCCAUCGAAAGAAUCCCAAAAAUAGUUGUAAAAAUGUGGCUUUGAAGUCUUCACUUAUGUGCACGAGAUAGUUAUCCCAAAAAUAGUUGUAAAAAUGUGGCUUUGAAUUCUUCACUUAUGUGCACAAGAUAGUUACUCUUUUCAUAGCUCUGCGAAAAAGGAUUUGAUCGUCUUCCGUUUUACUUUAUGCUUAAAACUUAUUUUUGGCCGCAUUUGCUCGCCAAAAUAUUAACGAACUCUUGCUGA